UCCUGUCAGUGCUCGUCCCCGCAGCUCACGAUCGCCUAGUGUUCCGCUCUCCCGGUGACGCCGCCUCCUCUCUGAGGGGUAGCGAAGCAACCGCUACCCAGUGUUACCCGUGUAUUGGGCCGCUCUCCUAGUAGGUUAAUUUUCACUCUACGAGGUAUAGCAGCUUGCUGUACCGGGUGAGGUCUGGCCCGCUUGGGCGCCUAAGCUCUCUAACCCCUCUCCACGAUUCCGUCUGUAGAGCGGCCCCAACCAGAAGCAAAUAUUCCGGAGAAAAAGAGACUCCCGGAGAGGACCGCAGCGGAGAUGGAGGCGGUGGGGCCCGGUGAGUGUGAGCCGAGUUCUGUAGGCCUCACCUGCGGCCCUCCACCGACCAAUCUCUUCCAACCUCCGCGGCGUCCUGGCCUGGGAACACUUGGAAAGCCAAUACGGCUACUUGCCAACCAUUUUCAGGUUCAAAUACCGAAGAUUGAUGUCUAUCAUUAUGAUGUGGACAUUAAACCAGAGAAGAGACCACGGAGAGUGAACAGAGAGGUGGUUGACACAAUGGUUCGGCAUUUUAAGAUGCAGAUAUUUGGAGAUCGUCAGCCAGGCUAUGAUGGCAAGAGAAACAUGUAUACAGCACACCCAUUGCCAAUUGGGAGGGACAGAGUUGAUUUAGAAGUCACUCUCCCUGGCGAGGGUAAGGACCAGACAUUCAAAGUGACUAUUCAAUGGGUUUCAGUGGUCAGUCUCCAGCUGCUGUUAGAAGCUUUAUCUGGUCAUCUAAGUGAGGUUCCUGAAGAUUCUGUGCAGGCCCUUGAUGUUAUCACUCGGCACCUGCCCUCCAUGAGGUAUACCCCUGUGGGACGCUCCUUCUUUUCUCCCCCUGAAGGCUAUUAUCAUCCCCUUGGUGGAGGGCGAGAGGUCUGGUUUGGAUUCCAUCAGUCUGUACGCCCAGCAAUGUGGAAUAUGAUGCUGAAUAUUGAUGUUUCUGCGACUGCUUUUUACCGCGCUCAGCCAGUAAUCGAGUUCAUGUGUGAGGUUCUGGAUGUUCAGAACAUCAAUGAGCAAACCAAACCACUGACGGAUUCCCAGCGUGUCAAGUUCACCAAAGAAAUAAGAGGUCUGAAAGUGGAGGUCACGCAUUGUGGCCAAAUGAAGAGGAAAUACAGAGUCUGUAACGUUACUAGGAGGCCUGCGAGCCACCAGACGUUCCCCCUGCAGCUGGAGAAUGGCCAGGCCAUGGAAUGUACCGUUGCCCAGUACUUCAAGCAGAAAUACAGCUUACAGUUAAAGUAUCCGCACCUCCCUUGUCUACAAGUAGGACAGGAACAAAAGCACACCUACUUGCCCCUUGAGGUUUGUAACAUUGUGGCCGGUCAGCGAUGCAUCAAGAAGCUGACUGACAAUCAGACCUCUACCAUGAUCAAAGCCACAGCCAGGUCUGCCCCUGAUAGACAAGAAGAGAUCAGCAGGCUGGUCAAAAGUAAUAGCAUGGUUGGUGGUCCAGACCCAUACCUCAAGGAGUUUGGUAUUGUUGUGCACAAUGAAAUGACAGAACUCACAGGUAGAGUGUUACCUGCACCAAUGCUUCAAUAUGGCGGAAGGAAUAAGACUGUUGCUACACCAAACCAAGGUGUCUGGGAUAUGAGAGGGAAGCAGUUCUACGCUGGCAUAGAAAUCAAAGUUUGGGCUGUUGCUUGCUUUGCUCCACAAAAGCAGUGCAGAGAAGACUUGUUAAAGAGCUUCACUGACCAAUUGCGGAAAAUAUCAAAAGAUGCAGGAAUGCCAAUCCAAGGUCAGCCUUGCUUUUGUAAAUAUGCUCAAGGUGCAGAUAGCGUGGAACCAAUGUUUAAACAUCUGAAGCUGACCUAUGUGGGCCUUCAGCUUAUAGUUGUGAUCCUUCCCGGGAAGACCCCAGUCUAUGCGGAGGUUAAGAGAGUAGGAGACACGCUUCUAGGAAUGGCCACCCAAUGUGUCCAAGUUAAAAAUGUGGUAAAGACCUCUCCUCAAACACUCUCAAACCUUUGUCUGAAGAUUAAUGCCAAGCUGGGGGGCAUAAAUAAUGUGCUAGUACCCCAUCAAAGGCCGUCUGUGUUCCAGCAGCCUGUUAUAUUCCUGGGAGCUGAUGUCACACACCCUCCAGCUGGUGAUGGUAAAAAACCUUCCAUAGCUGCAGUAGUGGGCAGCAUGGAUGGGCAUCCGAGCCGGUACUGUGCCACUGUGCGAGUUCAAACCUCUCGUCAAGAGACCACACAAGAGCUUUUGUACAGCCAAGAAGUUAUACAAGAUCUGAGCAAUAUGGUACGGGAGCUCCUUAUCCAGUUCUAUAAAUCAACCCGUUUCAAACCAACUCGAAUAAUUUACUAUAGAGGAGGAGUGUCUGAAGGUCAGAUGAAACAGGUUGCUUGGCCAGAACUCAUGGCCAUUCGGAAGGCUUGCAUUAGCUUGGAGGAAGAUUAUAGGCCUGGUAUAACUUACAUUGUUGUGCAGAAGAGACAUCACACCAGGUUGUUCUGCUCUGAUAAAACGGAAAGGGUUGGAAAGAGCGGCAAUGUUCCAGCAGGAACUACAGUGGACAGCACCAUAACUCAUCCCUCAGAGUUUGACUUCUAUCUCUGCAGUCACGCUGGCAUUCAGGGAACAAGCCGCCCUUCACAUUACCAGGUUCUUUGGGAUGAUAACUGCUUUACUGCUGAUGAGCUGCAGCUACUCACGUACCAGCUGUGCCACACAUAUGUACGUUGCACAAGAUCGGUUUCCAUACCUGCACCUGCCUACUAUGCACGUUUGGUAGCUUUUAGAGCGAGGUACCAUCUAGUAGACAAGGAUCAUGACAGUGCUGAGGGAAGUCAUGUCUCUGGGCAGAGCAAUGGUCGUGACCCCCAAGCUCUGGCUAAAGCUGUUCAAAUUCAUCAUGACACCCAACACACAAUGUACUUCGCCUGAUCGUGCAAAGAGAAGCUACGCCAACUCACUUUUUUAAGUCAUAAUGAUUUGAUUUUAUAUUAAUCCCCUGUUUUGUCAGGGUUCGUUUUUUUUCUUUUUCUUUCUUCCCACCAGCACAUUUCGGACCUUUGCACUGACUCUUCAUGGUCACCUCUGAAAGAGAGAAAAAGUGUGUGUGGGCUUUCACUGCAUUUUAUUUUUUUUACUAUUUAUUUUUUUUAUUUUUUUUUUUUGUUUUCUUUGGCAAAACUUACAGACGGUCUUCUUAUGCAUUGGACUGAAUCUUUACCUCAAGCUCACAAGAUAUGAACGUUACUCUGUAUUUUUUUUUUUUUUUUUUUUUUUAUGGUUAACUAGUUUGUGUUGCAAGCCUCCCUAUCCCUCCAUUUCAUUUUAACAAAAUGACAUGCAUUUUUUGUCUGAACGUGCUGCUUUGUGAGUAUACAUAUAUGGUAAAGUAUAACUGUGUGGGGCCAUAGACUUAUUAAUGAGGUUUUUAGUAUUUACUGUAAAAUACAUUUUAAUAACCUUUUACAGGUGUUGCAGUCUGUCAGGUUCUUAACUAUUGCAGAUUUGUAUUUAUACAACCUGCAAAAAAUGUUGCACUAUAUUACAGGUUAAUUAAGAGUUAGUUUUUUUUCUGUAUUAAAUGAAUGUGUAAUAUAAACAAGAUUUAAUAUAAGGGCCACAUGGCAUGCACUGCCAUGUGUUUUUUUUGUGUUUUUUAUUUUUUUUAUGCAGAUUGUCAUUAUUUCCCCGUCCCCAUUUUCCCUAAGUAGUAGCUUCCCAACACAACAGUAUAUAUGUAUUUGCCAGCACAUAUAAGCGCCCAUGCUAUUCUGCUGCGGUUUGAUAAAGUUUUUACUCUUGUAAAUGAGAUACUGGACAAAGUAUACUUUUUUGGCAAUAAAUAUUCUUAAUAGCCUCAGACAGCAUUAAACUAUUUUUAAACUAAGUAUCCCUUUAUAGUUUCAGUUUUACACAUUGGCUGUCUUAGGGCUUUUUUUAUUUAGAUUAAAAAAAACAAAAACCGGAAUUUUGAGGAUGUCCAUGGUGUUUUUAGAACACCUUUUUAAAUGAACUGUCGCUGGUGUAUGGGUAUAUUAAAAUUACUGCUGCCAUUGGGGCAGGACCUCAGGACAGCAAAAGUUAACCCUAAAGUGUAGGGACUGCUUUGGUAAGAGGAAACUUCACAGUUUAUACCAGCAUUUUUCAACUUGUGAAGGUUCCCUGGGAUCAGAGUAGAAAACACAGCAUGAGACUUGGUUUGCAUGCAUAUUUUUCUAUAUCUCUAUUGUAGGAUGUCUGGUUGUAUUACAGUUGGAUUUAACCGCUCUCCCUUUUAUUCCACACACGCUUCUCUGUCCGGAAGCUGCUAUAUUGUUCCUAUAAACUUGGGAGAUUUUCAUUUAAAGCUUCCUACAGCACAUUAGUAACCAGCUCUCCGCUAGCCCUUCGUUUAUUUCUCUGUAAAUACCUCAAGAAGCAUUCUGCUUUCAGUUCUGCAUUAAAUUCAACCUGUUGCCAUGCUGCAUGAACAGGCUUUAUUUAUUUUGCUUUCUAUAAAAAUACACACACAAUAUACCUCACUGGUCUAAUAAACAUUAUGUGAAAUUUGAGCGAGAUUUCUGAAGCUGCUUUUGGGCUUAAUUUCUGCAUGGUUAAUCCCCUCUGUGCUAGAUGGUCUGCUAAGCAAUAUUUUGUCUUUCAAAAAACUUGAAAUUUGUUUCUGGGCAUAGUUUGAAAGUUACAACAUAGAGAUAUUUUUUUCAUACCCUUCAUCUGCAUUGUUAGGAGUCUGACCCUGUUUUAUUGGACAGUGUCAGAGGCUCUCUUUUAUUAUUAUUUUCUUAUAAUAUUUCUCCUAUAGCACCAGGAAAAAAUACUUUAGCUUUGGAGGUGCCUAUACAGAUCUAUCGAUAAAAUAAAUAGGCUUUAGGUGAUUGCGUGCUGAGCUUGUAAACUCCUCUUUUGCAAUAUGCAUGGGGAAAAUGUUUAUUCUGCAGCUGUUUUGCUGUAAAUACCUAUUGAUAUCUCUCCGUUGGUCUGUAUUAUAAUAUAUAUGACAAAAAAUCAUGCUUGCAAAAUUGCUGUGCACCCUCCCAUUUAAAUGGGUUUUAAUUAACUCUAGUAGCUGAAGUGGAGUACAGUGUUAAAAUCUGCAGCAUUUUUCACCUGCAUACAUUAACCAAUGCUUAAAUGUGCCAUGAGCUUUUAUAGUGCAGACAUCUUUGCCAUUUCCAGCGACCUUCUUGCCAUUGUAAGGGGUGUUCUUUUACAUGCAACUGUAUAUAUGUAAAGCUGAGCCGGUAUUCAGAAGUAAUAUAGAGCUGUGCAUUUUGGGGAUGUAGGGCGUUUUUUUAUUUUUUCCUUUUGAUUUGAGGUAAACAACAAGGGAGGGUUAGGGUUAAGUGGGUAUGUGUAUUCAUUUUUAUAACUGUACAAGUUUUGUUGCAGCAAUACUAUUGUGUAAUUGACUUUUCUAUAUAUAUUUUUAAGUGUGUGGGUGGAGUGGUCAAGGCUUGCUUGGCUCAGUUAUGGGGAUGUCUAGGUGUGUUCUGGUGUGUUUCUAUAUCUUUCCCACUUAAAAUGUGGGACUUUAGUUAUGGCAUUGCUAAAAUGUUUUUUUUUUCUGCCCUUCUUGAUCAGAAAAAUCAAUUGUAGGCCGGGGAGCCCAAUAUUUUUAGUGCGUUUGGUAGAUAUGCAUCAGUAAUGGCUCAUCUUCUAAUGUUAAGAGGAUUACUGGCCACUUCCCUGUAAACUGCAACUGGGCCAGAAAAGCAUUUUUUUUAUACUUUUGCUGGAACUGAGGAUGCAUAAUAGGGGAAUUAGCAUGCACACAAACAAUGUCUAUUAGAUCCAUGGGACACAUGCACAUUAAAAUCUAUCAUUUAAAGCACUGAUAAAAUAAAAUUCAAGCAUUUUUGCAGAUCGAGGCAUAUUGCAAAUUUUCUUCUGACCGAAUUUGAAAUGCACUGCUGUGCAUUUCAUAUUCUACUAGAAUGUCCCUUUAAAAAAAAUAUGGUUUUGCAGGUGUUUGCUCUGUAGCUACGAAUUGUAAGGUCAGGAAGAUGUAGAACUCCACUCUUAACACUUGUGCUAAUGACAAUCUUACGAGUAUGAUUUAAUUAAAUUAAGUCAAAAAAGCAUAACUAUUUAGUUUGGCUGGCGUGUCCUGACCUUUUAAAAAAUAAUUAAAUGUUCACUGUCCAUGCAAGUACUUAAAUGCAAAAAGAUUUUCUUCAAAUUAAUAAAUUUAAGGUUUAUAUACCUAUUAUUUUUUUAUCAAUUUUUUUUCUCUACCUUCUCAAUAAGCUUAUGUACCGGAGGAAUGCCUCUGUGUCACUGAUUGUUUUUUUUAAAUGCACUUCUGUUCUUUUUUUUUUUUUGAGAUCACAUUUAUGGAGAAAAACACCUUUUGCUAGUGUUUGCUUGUUUGUUUUAAAUAUAAACUCCUAGGAGAACAUUUUAAAAGCUUGCAGGAGUGUUUUUUUUAUUUAUUAUAUUCUAUAAAAUCUUGCAUAAUUUUUUUUUGUAUUAAUACAUUUCCCUCCUCCAUAUUGACAUUUUUGGUAGAUCAUAUUGAACUUAACUUUUGCACAUAAUUCUUGUGGGCUUAAAAUUCUGCAGAAAUUUUAGUCGAUUAUGUACCACAAGUUUGUAAGUGAAAAUCACCUGCUUUUCUUGAGGGCAUUUUGCAAAAUGAAAUCUUAUUUCUGGAUUAAUUUUAUGUGACAUUGGAAAAAUUAUUGUAAGAUUGUGUCCCCAGCAAAUGGGUAUAAAAUAUCAUCUUUUCUAAUUUCUGUAGUGUUUCUAUGUCUAGAGUGAGGGAUUGCUUGUAUAAAUUUUGAGUUUGUUGAACUUUGAUGUACAUUUUUAUUUCUAUAUUGUUGCUAGACUUGUAUUGUUAAAUUGUGUUUUUAUUAAAUUCUGAAUGGAUGUAUGUCUAUAGCAAUACGAGGUAAUUUCUUCUUUUUUUUUUCUAAGCUAUUUAAAGGCAUUUUAGAAGCCCAUGUUGAUAGGAUGAAUUACACUCUGUAAUUUUUUAUUUUGUUUUUAUUUUUACUUUGCAGGGAUAUAAUUUUAUUUUGUGUCUAAAGUGAAAUAUAUACUGGCAGAAUGCCAAAUAA